GCGGGGUUCCUCCUCACGUACUCCGUGUAGCGCUCAUAAAUGCGACCCACUCUGUCCAGCCACUCCUUAGCGGGAGACAUUUUCCUGACCGGCCGGUCGUAGAAGAGAGGACAGGGUCUUUUCUGAGGCUCCAAGCCCACUUUUUCGGAUGUAAACAAACUUCCGCUUGUUGUGGACCGUCAGUCAAUAGCGUCCCCCUCGCUACCAGGUCCGCUCGCGUUCGUUCCGGGUCCGUCCUCUUCCGGGCACGUUCUUGUUGCAUCAGCAUCUGCCGGUUAGCUCUGUGGUCAUGUCGAGCUCAGGAGACACAGCUUUUGAAUUUGGCUUCUUGCUGCAGAUCAGGGAGGAAGCUGCGCUGGCAGCGGCCCUGAAUGACUACCUCAGCUGUCGCAGCUACCUGGCUGGCUUCAGCCCCUCCCAGGCAGACCUGAAAGCCUUUAGGCUCCUCCGCAGGCCCCCCGAGCCGCAGCAUGUCCACGCUCUGCGCUGGUACAGACACAUUCAGCUGCAGCCGGAGCUGAGCGCAGGCGCAGACGCAGACAGCAGCACCAAAGGGAAGCGGCUUCAGCCCUCAUGGUCUCCACCAGCAGGGGGCGAUGUUCCCCAGCUUCGCCUCUACAACAGCCUGACCAGAGCUAAGGAGCCGUUCUUUCCUCAGAAAGGGAACAAAGUGACGUGGUACUGCUGUGGACCCACAGUGUACGACGCCUCACACAUGGGACACGCCAGGUCCUACAUUUCAUUCGAUAUCCUCCGGAGGAUCCUGAGGGAUUACUUCAAGUAUGAUGUCUUCUACUGCAUGAACAUCACAGACAUAGAUGAUAAGAUCAUCAAAAGGGCCCGGCAGAACCACCUACUGGAACAGUACCAGAAGAAGAAACCAGCUGCAGCUCAGAUCCUGCAGGACGUCCUCAGUGCCAGAGGGCCCUUUCAGGAAAAACUGGCCUCCACGACAGAUCCAGAUAAGAAGCAGAUGCUGGAGCGGCUGGACGCCGCCGUGACCUCGGCCCUGCAGCCGCUGCAGGCGGCCGUGGAGCACAGAGCUGCAGACGGAGAGCUGCAGCCGCUGGCUCAGGCAUUGCUGGAGAACUCCAAGGAUCUGCUGGCCGAGUGGUUAGAUCAACAGUUUGGAAGUCAGGUCACGGAUAAUUCCAUCUUCUCCAGCCUUCCUAACUACUGGGAGGGGGAGUAUCACAAAGACAUGGAAGCUCUAAACGUUCUUCCUCCGGAUGUCCUCACGCGGGUCAGCGAAUACGUCCCUGAGAUUGUGGAGUUUGUGAAGACCAUCGUCUCCAACGGUUACGGGUACGAGUCCAACGGUUCCGUUUACUUUGACACGGCGAAGUUUGAAGCCAGUCCUCAGCACUCGUACGCCAAGCUGGUUCCAGAGGCGGUGGGGGAUCAGAAAGCUUUACAGGAAGGAGAAGGCGACUUGAGCAUCUCUGCUGACCGGCUCACUGAGAAGAAGUCUCAGAACGACUUUGCUCUGUGGAAAGCCUCCAAACCCGGUGAACCGUCCUGGGACUCUCCGUGGGGAAAGGGGCGGCCGGGGUGGCACAUCGAGUGCUCGGCCAUGGCCGGAUCCAUUCUGGGGGAGUCGAUGGACAUCCACGGCGGGGGUUUUGACCUGCGCUUCCCUCAUCAUGACAACGAGCUGGCUCAGUCUGAGGCUUACUUUGAGAACGACCACUGGGUGCGUUACUUCCUGCACACAGGUCACCUGACCAUCGCAGGCUGCAAGAUGUCCAAGUCUCUGAAGAACUUCAUCACCAUAAAGGAGGCUUUAGCCAAGAACUCAGCUCGUCAGCUCCGUCUGGCUUUUUUGAUGCAUUCCUGGAAAGACACCCUGGACUACUCCUCCAACACGAUGGAGUCGGCCAUCCAGUACGAGAAGUUCAUGAACGAGUUCUUCCUGAAUGUGAAGGACAUCCUCCGCGCUCCGACCGACCUCACGGGUCGCUUCGAGAAGUGGGAGGCAGCGGAGGUGGAGCUCAACAACAGUUUCUGCAGCAGGAAGUCCGCCGUCCACCAGGCUCUGUGCGAUAACGUGGACACCCGCAGCGCCAUGGAGGAGAUGAGGGUGCUGGUCAGCCACAGCAACAGCUACAUCGCCGGCAGGAAGGCCGCCAAGCUGAGGCCCAACCGCACGCUGCUGGAGAGCAUCGCCGCCUACCUCACCAACAUGCUGAGGAUUUUCGGUGCUAUUGAAGGAUCUGAAACCAUCGGGUUUCCUGUUGGAGGACAAGCUCAGAGUGUUGAUCUGGAAAGCGCGGUGAUGCCAUACCUCAGCGUUCUGUCUGACUUCAGAGAGAAGGUCCGAAAAAUCGCCCGAGAGCAGAAAGUAACGGAGCUGCUGCAGCUCUGCGACAUCGUCCGCGACGACACGCUACCAGAACUGGGGGUCCGGCUGGAGGAUCAUGAGGGUCUCCCCACUGUAGUGAAGCUGGUGGACAGAGAGACAUUACUGAAAGAGAAGGAGGAGAAGAAAAAGAUGGAAGAAGAAAAGAAAAGAAAAAAAGAAGAAGCUGCCCGGAAAAAACAGGAGCAGGAGAUGGCUAAACUGGCUAAGAUGAAGAUCCCUCCAUGUGACAUGUUCCGCUCUGAAACCGACAAAUACUCUCAAUUUGAUGAAACUGGUUUUCCCACUCAUGAUGCUGAAGGGAAAGAGCUGAGCAAAGGACAAGCCAAAAAGCUGCGGAAGCUCUACGAGGCUCAGGAAAAGCUGCACAGCGAGUAUCUUCAGAGGAACCAGAACGGCGACUGAGUUCAGCCACAGAAUGUCAGUGCCUUCCGCGCUGCACCAACAGCCACAGAAUAAAUGUUAGUAGAUGUCGCUCCAUCUGUUGGUUUUGUUUGGAUCGGGUCUUUCCAGGGUUUUGAAGUGAAACUGAAUCAACUGACUUUUUUUAAAUGGAGAAAAAUCAGGACUGAAGGAGAAACUUCGUUUCAAUGUCUCUGCAUACCAUGGGUCAGAACUCCUGCUUUUCUCUUCAUUGCAUUCACAUUUUGAUUUGGAGGUUUUCAUUGCAGCGGUCUGCUGUUGUGAGACUGGAUGCAGAAGAAACUAGCUCCCACCAUUGAUUUCUACCAUGCAUGACUUAAAUUUGUUGUUUGAGGAUGUGCCGUUGGGAGUUGGGAAGAGCCGGGCUGCUCUUCUCACUUCCCAAAAUAAUCUGAUUCCAUCAUCAGUUUGACAACAGGUUUUGUUGCAUUUAAUUCUUCUUUUUGUUCAUUUUGAACAUUUAUUUUUUUAUACAACACUUUAAAAGUUCUGAUUUCUUGACUUCUUGUGAGGAACAUAAGACUAACUUGCAGACUGUUGGCAAUUUAUUUCAACACCAGAGAAAUAUUCAAGUUACGUCAGUUUGAAGCUGGCAGGCAGGAGGACCCAGAGGCUGAACUGAUGCUCCUUCCUGUUGAUUCUACAGGACACAAACACUUUCCAUGCGUUUGCAUCCAUUUUGAUCCAUUCCCUAUUUCUGACAGUAUCUUAUAAACUUUACAUUUAAAAAGACAAGCUGUUCCCUUCAAGCUGUGGUUCUUUAACACACAAAUGCCUCCAUGUUACCAGAAAUGUCAAACAGAAGAGACGGUUCUGAUGUGUGGAGGAAUUUUUUUAGGCAUCUGUUUCUAAACUUAUCAGGACAUUUAACUUGAAUCCUACAAGAAGAGGAUUCUUCUCACAUCCUGCCGUCCAAUAAGGUUUUGUACUUUUUGUACAGUUUGGUUUCAAACCUGUGGUGAUGCGUUCAGAAGGCUGCAGCCUUUUUCCUUUGGAAGAUCUGACGAUGGAGCAGACAGACGACAGUCUGUGCUUCCACUGUUGGAGUUCGCGUUGAUGCAAGGAACGCCUCAUGUAAUUAUGUUUGAUUGAUGCUUUAAGGGAAG